GUGGGAAUGAGUUGGUAUAUAUGGCAUUAUGUUUAGGAAUUAAGCCAGUGUUUGAACACCUUUACAAUGGCUCGAUUGGCAGUGAUUUGUGUGGCUUUACUGGUCUGUUUGGCUGGAGUAUAUUCAGCUCCCCAAUUCGGUGGAUCAUACAGCCAAGCGGAAGCCCAGGCUGGCUCUUUCGGCGGCGGGCCCUACGGCCCCGGGUUCCAAGGCCCGUUCGGACCCCCCGGACCCCCCGGCUACGGACCCGGCUUCGGCGGCCCGGGCUUUAGCAGAAGAUUCGGGAACAGGGGAACCACUAAUAUAAGCAUAUCGAAGAGUAUCAGUAUCAGCCGAGGAGGCGGCGGCGGCGGCGGUGGAGCACAGUCUAGUGCACAAUCCAGUGCGGGUUCGGGUGUCGGGAAGUAAUGAUUGAUAGGAAUGACUUUUGAUAGAAAAUUUAUAAUAAAGUGUCGAAGACUAAUGCUGUAUUUUUUAUUUAUCUGUAUUUAUAAAAACAAAGAAAUAAACAUAAUAAAACUUACUACUUAUUUAAGUACAAAAAAACCUACAGAUAAAAAAAUUGGCCCAGAUCGCCGUCAACGGGCAAGGUGCCCAGAAGGCUGGCCGUAUUUCCUCGCUGUAUUUAUUUACACUUUUAAUAUGCGGCAUAUUCGAGGUAUAACUUUGCUAUAUGGUUUAAGAGAUCAAAGUUAUAUACUGUACCCACCAAGUUCUUUUUGAGUCUUGCUACGCUUAAGAUUUUAAAUUAAAUUGAAUAAUAUAAGGACAAAAUCUAUAUUUAUUAUU